AUGUGGACAAAUAAUAUCUCCUCCAUCCACCAGAUCCAGAGAAAACAGAAAGAUCGAGCAAAUGUGGAAAACAGAGUGAGCAAGCUCAAGGACCGGAUCAGUGCCAUGACUGAGCAUACGACAAACGUCCAGCAAGAGCGCAUUCACUCUCAGGCCCUGUGUAGGGCUGUGGAGAAGCAAACGGAGUCCGGGCUGCAUUUCAAGGCCUUGUCCGACAGAGAGAAGGGACGGCUUCGUCAGGAGAUUUCUCAACAGCAAAGCGAGCUCAAAUCGCUGCGAGAGAGGAAGAACUCAAAGGAGAACAACAUCUUCAAAGCCACACAGAAGAUAGAGGUCCUCAAGGGGCAGGUGAACAUGGACCAGCAAACUUUGGACGCCUGGCUGGAGGAAUCGGCUCGCAAAGACGAGGACAUCAUGACCAUCGUCAAGUAUGCACAUCAAGAUGAGAGCAGGAUUCGAGAGCUGACUCUGAACAUAGACAAGCAGACGCUGGAGGCGAACCGCAAGAGAAAAACUUUGGAAAAUGAGGCCACUGAGACCAUCAUGGCACAGGUGGCUGUGGAGAAGACGGCCGAGCUGGUGCAGCAGGCCAACGUGGAGAGACAGGAGCUGAUCACACAGUGGGAGAACUCUAUCAAGCAGAUGAGGAAGAAAGACCAGGAUAUACAUCAGUGUGCUCUGCUGCAGGUGGAGACGAAGCAUACGAUCUGUGAACGCAAAGCACUGCUAAACGAGAAGCAGAACUUCCUAGCUUAUGAGGUGGACAACAACAAGGACUGCGAGAAGAAGAUCGCCGCAGCCGAACGCCAGGCCAACACCCUAUGGCAACAGUUUCAGGAAGAGGAGAGCAACCGCACUCGACUGCAAGAUGAGCUGGUGAGCCUAAAGGGCGAGGUGAAUCGCACUGCUACAGACCUGGAGGCUAAGAGAUCCCACUUAGCGAGCAUCAAGAAGGACAUCAACAUUAAAACAGCAAAAUUGGAGGACAGGCAGCGGUACAUCAUCGCUCUCAAAGCGAAGUUGCAGGGCGUGACGGAGGAAGCUCUUAGCGUGGAGGAGAGAGCCGCUCAGAUGGAAAAGCUGCACCGAGACCUGAAGAAACACCUCAAAGAACUUAACACUCAAAUCCAGCGGGAAAAAAAGCUCCUCUCCCAGAAAACGCAGGAGCUACAGACGCUGAGAGCAAAAGAGAAAAAUGUCAUAGCAGAUAUCUCAGGCAGUCGUGUAGCUCUGUCCAGCCUGGACAACCGCCUCAGUAAACUGGACCAAAAUGUUCUCAGGCAGCAGGACUACAUCAACAACCAGGAAUUCCAGAUCCAGUAUCUGGAGGAGAAGAUGGCCCGUCUGAGUGGCAACGUGAACGAAGAGGAGAAACAGGUUCUGGAAAAUCAGGUCUCUGAGCUGAGUGCGGUAUUGGAGGAAAAGAAAAGGGCAGCUGACUUGCUUGCAGCACAGCUCAAGAAGCUUCAGAAUGAUAUCCGUUUUGUGGGGAAAGAGAAUGAGAAGACGGAAGCAGAUAAGCAAGACCUGACCACAAAGAUUGAGGAAUUGAACCUCGUUGAUGACACCUUGAACAAAGAGCUGAAGAGACUUUGUCUCAAGAAACAGGACAGCAUAGUGGAGAACAAUAUCCAGCAGCUGCAGGUGAAGCGUCUCAGGACCUUGCUGUAUGACAGGGCGGAUGGCGUCCUCUCUCAGGAGAAGAGGAAGCUGAAGCUUCAGAAAUUAAUGAAGGAGCAGCAGAAGGAGAUCUGUGUGUAUCAGAAAAUGUGCACCAAGCAGCUGAAGAUCACUGAGCAGGAGAUACAGCGUCUCAGUGCCCAGUUGUAUGAACGACUGUCCAAAGUUGACAAGAUGAAGAAAAAAUACGAGAUCGUCAACAUUUCCAUGGCUGCACCAGAGGGCGAGGAAGACAAAUCCCAGGCCUAUUACAUUAUCAAGGCAGCUCAAGAGAAGGAGGAGCUUCAGUGCAAGGGCGACGAUUUGGACGCCAAGAUCCGCAUGAUAGAGAAAGAGAAUAAGGCGUUGGAAAAUACCAUGCACCUGCUCAAUAAUCAUAACAGCGCCUAUCGUAAAUCCAUCAAAGAGUCC